ACACAGAGCGCGCGUCUCCGAAUUCGCUCAAAAAGUCGCGCGCGAGCGCGUCAGUUCGGCGAUACGAUAAGUUCUCGCGUGCUGCAGCACGUCCCGCGGAAAUACUUAGCCGAUUAAAUCUUCGAUUAUGGGAGUCGAGAGAGGAAAGUACGCGAGCCCCGAGGGUAGCAAGAGCUGGGAGUACCUGGCCUCGGGCGCCUGUUCGGUGCUGAUGUUCUGCGUCGGCUCGUCGAUCGGCUGGAACUCGCCGAGCAGCGUCAAACUGACGGCCGAGGACUCGCCCAGGAGGAUGUCCUCGGCGGAGCUCUCGAGCCUCAUGUCGCUCAUAGCCAUAGGCCAGAUGCUCGCCCCGCCGCUGAACUCGCUCAUCGUCGACCGCAUCGGCAGGAAGAACACUAUCCUCAUCGGAGGGCUGCCCCUGGCCUUCGGCUGGUGCCUCAUCGCUAUGGCCGAGGGCGUCCCGGUGCUGUACGUCGCUCGCUUCCUGGCUGGCCUGUCCCAGGGCAUCGCCUACUGCGCCUGCUACAUGUACGUGGGCGAGGUGGCCUCGACGGAGGUUCGCGGCGUGGCCAACGUCCUGCUGAUGCUGAUGCUGAACCUGGGCAUGCUGCUGGCCUUCGGUCUGGGUCCCCUCAUGAGCAUCGUCUCCAACGCCUGGCUGAACCUGGCCCUGAGCGCGGCCUUCCUCGGCGGCUUCUCCCUCGUGCCCGAGUCGCCGUACUACCUGCUGAUGCGGGACCGGCACGAGGAGGCCGAGGCCGUGCUCGAGAAGAUUCGCGGCAGGAGCGACGUGACCGAGGAGCUCGAGCAGAUCGAGCACUCGCUGAGGAGCCUGCGCAAGCAGAAGGAGAGCGGCGGAGGCAACGACGGAGGCAGCGGCGGAGGCAGCGGCAAGCUCUGCGGACUGCUGCUGCUCGACAGGCCGAGUCUCAAGGCCAUCUGGAUAAUCGGCCUGUUCAGCGUGACCCACCACUUCGGCGGCUACAUGGCCGUCAUCAUGUACGGCCAGAGGAUCUUCCGGGACCUGGGGAUCGGCUCGAUCCUCUCCGACCACUCGGCCAGCGUGAUAAACGGCCUGGUCCAGCUGGUCUCGGUAGCCCUGACCAGUCUGCUGGUCGAGCGCUGGGGUCGCAAGCCUCUGAUCGCCCUCUCCGGGCUGCUCUCGGGCAGCUGCAACCUCUUCGUCGCGGCCUACUUCUGCUUCCCCGAGGCGUUCGCCGCGUACUCGCUCCUGGCCCUGCUGGCACUGCUGCUGCUCGUCUUCGCCUUCAACUGCGGCCUCCUCGUCGUCCAGGGCAUCCUCAUCUCGGAGCUGUUCGCCCCGGAGGUGAAGGCCCUCGGAGUCUGCCUGGUCACGAUGAACGGCGGCCUGCUCUUCACCCUCGGCACGAAGCUCUACCUGACGGUCGUCGACACCUGGCACUACGGCCACUCGCCGCCCUUCUUCUGCUUCGCCAUCGUCUGCUGGGCCGUCACCGGCCUCCUGCUCUGGAUCACACCCGAGACCAAGGGCAAGAGCCUCCUGGAGAUCCAGAAGUCUCUCUGAGCCGCGCUAUGCCUUAGCUCGCACACCAAGACUGACGCCGCUGACGAAACACAUAACACAUGUACAUACUUCUAUACCCGUAAUAGGGAAUUUUCUACGAAUAAAUGUCCGAGAUACAUCCGCA